CCUAAUUUUAUCCCUCCCCUCCCUCUUCUCACACUCUCGAAGCACAAAACCCCCUUCUUCUUCUUCCUCUUCUUCCUCUUUGUCAGUCUAUCUAUAACCGUACAAUAACAGACUCCUUCGCUCAUUUCUCAUUGACUCACUGCCAUUCCUUAACAAUCUCUUUGACCUCGUUUUAACUUAAAUGACAAAAUUACCCAUAUCUUGCCUCAUUAUUUACCACCUCUGGACAAUCUCCCAUGGCUUCUCUGCUUCACUAUCCUCACACCACUGAAUUAUACCAUACCAAGACGUUGAUGGACGUCAUCGAUGCUCGGCCUAGGCCUGGGCCUCACUUCCACUCUCUCACUCAGCGUUCUUCUUCUACCUCUUGCUUUCUUGGCCCGGACAGGUUCUUAUCGCCGUAUAUAUGUCGUCAUAUGCCUCUUGGGAAUAUAUUCAGAUUUGCGCUUUCUUUAGGGAAUUUUAGCUCUAUCGCUAGUCCUGUAAUGUCUAUGAAGAAAGGUUGUUGUUUGGCAUAAUCCGUUCAGGAAGUACUUUCCUAUAGUUUAUGAUGGUCUACCACAUUCUGAUUUCUCAGGCCAUUCAAAUAUUACUUCUAGAGGAUUAUGCGAUGUAAUUUGGACUGUGGAAGCUGCUUUGGCAGAUGGUCAGUUCCUCUAUGUUACUGGGGAUCCUAAUUCAUUAGGUGGCUGGAAGCCAGAAAUGGCUCUCCAAAUGUGUCCCACUGAGCAUGCGAACUUGUGGAAAAUUGAAGUCAAGAUGCAUUCAGGUGUCAACUUUAAGUAUAAUUAUUUUAUCAAAGAAGAAUCACGGCCUUCAAGUGACAUCAUUUGGAGACCUGGACCUGAAUUUUCUUUAUCAGUGCCUUUGACCAUCAAAGAUAGAAAAAUCAUGGUAAGAGAUUCAUGGUUGAAGUUUAAUACUGAAAGACCUCCACCACAUUUGUGGGGCUCAUGGAUCGGGGAGAAAUAUCCACCAGAGCAGCCUUUAGUUUCUGCUCAAGCCAGAGAUGAACAUGAGACUGUGAAUCAUCAUGCCAUUGAUUACGAAGGAUCAAAGACAUUCCUGAAUGGUACCAAAGUUGAGGAAAAAUUGUACUUAAAUAAGCAAACAAAUAUGGCUAGAAAUGGAGGUCUUAACUCUAAUUUCUCUGAAAGAGACCAACCUGUUGAGGAACCCUGGUUACUCCAAUUAUCCUGUGUCCUUGUCUCAAAAGAUGAGAUCAUGCUUGAUGUGCCCAAAGAUGAUGCAAUAAAGUUCGAUGUUAGCAGUCAGCAUCUCCAAGAUGAAGAUAAGUUGUCUGCAGAUGGGAAUAAUCUAAUGUUGAAGGAUGAUUCUGUUUCUACUAUCAUAUUGAUUAAUUCUUCAAUUUGUACCAUGCAAAGGAUUGCUAUAUUGGAAGAUGGGAAAUUGGUAGAAUUACUAUUGGAACCUGUUAAAACAAAUGUGCAGUGUGAUAGUGUAUAUCUGGGGGUGGUUACAAAAUUUGCCCCCCAUAUGGGUGGUGCAUUUGUAAAUAUUGGGCAUUCAAGACCUUCUCUUAUGGACAUAAGGCAUAGCAGGGAACCAUUCAUAUUCCCCCCAUUUCGACAGACGACAAAGAAACGAAAAGUCAAUGGUUCUGGGGUGGAAGGCCCUGAAGAGCAACCUGCUGCUGAUGAACAUGCAUUACGUGAUGUUGAAGGUAUUUAUGAUUUAGUAGAAUUCAUCUCCCAGGAAGAUUUGGUGCCAUUUACUCAUCAUGACCAGGAGGAGCAUGAAGUUGAUGAAGAUUUUGAUAGUUCAGAAGUCAAGGGAAAUAUUAAUGGUAGUAUAGUUCAUUAUGGUGAAUUGGACACUAUUGAUUCUCCAAUGUCUCAUCCACAAGAUAUGAAGGAUUCUGAGGCUGAUGAAAGCAAAUGGGCCCCAGUUCGUAAAGGCACCAAGAUUAUUGUACAAGUUGUCAAGGAAGGAUUGGGUACAAAAGGUCCUACUUUGACUGCUUACCCAAAAUUGAGAGGCAGAUUCUGGAUACUAAGUACUCGAUGUGAUAGAAUUGGAGUUUCAAAGAAAAUUUCUGGUGUUGAGAGAACGCGGCUUAGAGUUAUUGCCAAAACCUUGCAACCUCCUGGUUUUGGUCUCACUGUAAGGACUGUUGCUGCUGGUCAUUCUUUGGAGGAAUUGCAGAGGGACUUGGAAGGUUUGCUUUCAACUUGGAAAAAUAUAAUGGAACAUGCAAAAUCUGCUGCUCUUGCUGCAGAUGAAGGUGUAGAAGGGGCUAUUCCUGUUAUAUUACAUAGGGCAAUGGGUCAAACGCUCUCAGUUGUUCAGGAUUACUUUAGCGAGAAGGUUAAGAAAAUGGUGGUUGACUCCCCAAGGACGUAUCAUGAGGUUACGAACUACCUUCAAGAAAUUGCUCCUGAUCUUUGUGACCGAGUGGAACUGUAUGAUAAAAGAAUUCCGCUUUUUGAUGAAUUCAAAAUUGAAGAAGAGAUAAAUAAUAUCCUUAGCAAAAGGGUUCCAAUCCCUAAGGGAGGUUCUUUGGUGAUUGAACAAACAGAGGCACUAGUCUCCAUUGAUGUGAAUGGAGGGCAUGUAAUGUUUGGUCAGGGAACGUCACAAGAAAAAGCUAUUCUGGAUGUCAAUCUUGCGGCUGCAAAGCAAAUUGCAAGGGAGUUACGACUCAGAGACAUUGGUGGUAUCAUUGUCGUGGACUUUAUAGAUAUGGCAGAUGACUCAAAUAAGAGAUUGGUUUAUGAAGAAAUGAAAACGGCUGUUGAGAAAGAUCGAUCAACAGUGAAGGUAUCCGAAUUGUCAAAGCAUGGACUAAUGGAAAUAACUAGAAAGAGGGUUCGACCUAGUGUGACUUUUAUGAUUAGUGAACCUUGCACUUGCUGUCAUGCUACUGGGAGAGUGGAAGCUCUAGAGACCUCCUUCUCGAAGAUUGAACAAGAAGUUUGUCGAUUGCUUGCAAUGAUGGAGCAGAAGGCGAACCCCGAGAACCCUAAGACCUGGCCAAGAUUUGUAUUAAGGGUUGACCAGUACAUGUGUAACUACCUGACUUCUGGGAAAAGGACAAGACUUGCAAUCUUGAGUAGUUCUCUCAAAGUCUGGAUUCUUUUGAAGGUUGCCAGAGGUUUCUCUAGGGGAGGAUUUGAGGUAAAACCAUUUACAGAUGACCAGGCAAAUGAAAAUCAACAUCAGGUUGCAAUAUCAAUAUUAAGACAAGCAAAUACUAAUGCUACCAAUUCUGGGAAAAAAGUAACUCUAGUUCCUGUCAAAAAGAGCAAAUCUAGUGGAAAAUGAAAUUUGCAUAAACCUUCAUUUUUGUACAAUGCUGCAAUUUUUAUUUAGCAUUAUCUCGUUUAUCUUGUACUUAAAGCGGCGAAGAAGGAAAGAGGACACUGUAUUUCUCGUUCCAUAUGAUGCCUUCACGAUGUUCCUUACUACAAUUGUCAGACUAGCUAGUUUCCUUUGUACUAUUGCAAAGUCAAGCCAAUUUUGCUGCGGAGAUUUUUGUCAUGCAAUAUUGAUAAUUACAGCAGUUUUUCGAGUUCAGUGUUCCAGACUCUAAAUUAACCAAGUAAAAUGAAAUACAAAUUGAGAAUA